UUGUACACCUCCUUCCUUCCAGGUCGUACAACCGGUGUAGUACUUGAUUCUGGAGAUGGAGUAACGCAUGUUGUGCCUAUAUAUGAAGGUUUUGCAGUUGAUCACGCCAUCGGACGGAUGGAUGUUGCCGGACGUGAUGUCACCCGAUGGUUGCGAUUGUUAUUACGCAAAGAGGGCACCGAUCUUCAUAGAACCAGUGAAUUUGAAAUUGUUCGUGAAAUCAAGGAAAAGGCGUGUUACCUGGCCACGAACGUCGUAAAAGAAGAAGCCAAUGAGGGCGAUAAGCUUAUCUAUCCUUUGCCGGAUGGUUCUCGGCUUGAAAUAGGUGCCAGUCGUUUCCGUGCUCCAGAAGUACUGUUCCGACCAGAACUGAUCGGAGAGGAAUGGCCAGGAAUCGCUCAUCUUGUGAAUGACUCAAUUAGAAAAUGCGACAUGGAUGUGCGUAAAACACUUUACGGAAGCAUAAUAUUGAGUGGUGGCUCCACAUUGUUCCAAGGAUUU